AUGGAAGUUAGCAGCAAAAUUUCAAUAAAUAAUGACAAAAGUCUUUGUUUAUAUUGUGAUAAAACGUUUUCAAAUAAUCUGGACUUUCUUUUUCAACAUCUUUUAACAUCACAUAAGGAUGUGUAUUUUGGCUGCAAAUGCAGAAUAAGGACUCAUGAUAAAGUUUCAUUAGCGAGCCAUAAGAAAGAUUGUAAAAUAGGUGGUAAAAGUAAACUAUUGAGAAGAUUAAAAGGAAAAUCUGAUGAUAAGCACAAAACUUCAAAAAAAUUACAUUCUUUAAAGUUCAAUGAUGAAAGAAAAUUUCAUACAUUAUCAGACAAAGAGGAAAUUUUUUCUACUGCUGUAUCAAACCAUUCUAAAACACUGCCUGUAAAUGCCAUUCUUCAGAAGUUUGAUAAGAAUAAACUGAAAAAGCAUAGUAAAAUGGUUUGUGUUAACGACAAGGGAAACAAAAUAAAAAAUUCAGACAGCAGUAGUAGAGCAAGUAGCAUCAGUAGUGUCAAGGUUGCUGAAGAGGAAUACACAAUACCUUUGACUCGUCAGAAGCUGAAAGAAACACCAAUACUUUCUAGAGUGAAUACAUCGCACAGUCGUUCCUCAAGUGUUAAAAAACCUGUUAAGUUAAAGCAAAAUACAUCGAGUGAAUCUAAAAUUACAACAAAUCCAUCACCAUCCAACAGAAUUCAAAGAACAAAAACUACAAAAUUUAUCAAUCUAAUUUUACAUAAUAAUUUUGAAACAGUUGAAAAUGCACAGAAAAAUGAGACUGUAAAUGUGGAGUUUGAUGAAGAUUUCUAUAAAAAUAUCAGCAACAAUAUUAGGUUGAAUUUGAAUUAUUUCGUUGAUGGCAAGAGUGAUCAAUUAUUGAAUCGACCAGUAUUUGAUCAAAUAUCAGAACAAUCUAUUACAUCCAGUGCAAAAGAUUCUACAGUUCAUGACAAAGAAAUCUAUGAAGCAACAAACUUUAAAUUAUCAACUCCUUUUCCUGCAUUAUUAACUGCAGAACAAUACGGUUUCGGUGACUCGAAUCCUAAUAAAAAUAAAAGACAAGUUACCAAAAACUCUUGGAAAUGGAAGUGGGAUCUUAUAAAAAAAUAUAAAUACGUUAAUGAAGGUGGUAAAAUUGUGAAGAAAGUAAAACAAAUAACAACGGGCUUGAAAGAUUUAUCGCAACUGGAUAUGUGGACACAAUUAAGUAUGCGGUCACGAUAUGAAAACUUAAAUAAUCAGAAUGACUCAUCAAGUGUAUUUGAUAAUGGUUUGAAAGACCGUUUAUCAACACGUAUGAUCAAAACUCAAAACAUUGAGCAACUGAAUCGUAUUUUAGAUAACCGACUUACACCUGAAAUAAAUAUAGAACAGUUGGAACAAACUAUCAUAAAAAUUGAAGCAGAAGAAUUUGAACAAACUGCUGAGAGUGUUGAUAUCAAUGUCGUCAGAAAUGAAUCUAAUGAACAAAAAACUGAGCUUUUGAAAACUUUCAAUUUAGUCAAAAAUGAUACAAGUGUAUCAUCAAUACCAACAUUAAGUGGUGAAUGGGCACGACCAAGAUGCUACAUAUGUAUUGAUUGUGGUUUAAAAUUUGAUCUCAUGAAAAGCUUAAAUGACCAUAAAAAUUCAGAACAUCCAUAUGUUGUGUCAGCUCAUUAUGAAAUUGUUGGUCGAGAAAAUCUUGAGUUGAAGCUUUACAAAAAUCUUUUUCUUCCAAAGAAGGCAUUUCGAGCAAGUGGAUUUGCUAGAAGUCUCUCUGUAAACAGUGACAGUAAGUCGAAUGAAACCAAUGAAGCCUCAGCAUCGUCUGAUUUUAGUUCUAAAUAUUUUGCGGACCAGAAAGAAAAAGUAUGUUCAAAAUGCCUAAAAACUAUAAAAUACUCAAGUGAUAUUGAUAUCAAUCGACACAUUCUCGAUUGUAUUGAAGAUAGAGCAUGGUUGCAAGCCAAACGUAGAAGUAAAUACAGAAAAUCUCGGAGAAAAAAUCGUAAGUCAACAAAAAAGUCAAAAACAUCUUUUGAUCAAAAGAAAUCGACAUCUAGUCCAUCGACAAAAGACAAUACUGAAGGUGAAAAUUCGACACAUUCAAUCUCAAAUCCACCCACACCAAAAAACGAUGUGAAACCAACAGCUCAUAUAUCAAAUAUAGUUAAUAAAGUAAAACGACGCCAUCAGCUCCACAAAAAAUUGACGUAA